AUGGAGUUGCUGGAUGAUGGGGGUGAUGUGGUGAUAGGGGGUUUUAGUGAUGAUACGGGCAGCAGAGUUCUGGACCAGUUGGAGUUUAUGGAGGGACUUUUGAGGGAGGCCGAAAAGAAGAGAGUUGUAGUAGUUAAUCCGGGAGGUUGCAAGGCUGUGAACAAGGAUGGAGGCAGUAUGGGGGACAUAAAGAAAGGAAGCAAUAUGAUGAAUAUGGCUUCUUCAAGCAGCAACCCCUUCUGGAUACCCGAGAACUUUUCGGAGUUGUGGAACCAGAAAAAGGAAGAGAAGAAAAAGAAGCAGAGAGAGCAGCUCUCUCUGAAAGUGCACGAGAAGGGCCUGAAAACCAUGGAGAAAAGGUCUGCGGUCGUGGCACGCUGUUUAAAGGACAUCCUGGAGGAGGAGGAGGAGAAGAAGGGAAUAAGGCGUGCUGAUGGUGCACCAGAGAUAUACAAACCACAGUGCGACAACAUGGAGACUGUCAGCGCCUUCAGCAAGAUGCAGGAAGAGAUUUGUCGACUGAAGGAGUCUAUUGCAGCAGGGCAAGAGAGGCUUCAGAGACUGAAAGAGCAGAUACGCUUGAACAAAGAAGAGACGGCAAAGGAAGACGAUUGCUUUACUGAAGAGGCCUUUGUGAAGUAUGUCGAGGAGGAGGAGAAGAAGAUGUUGCUGGCUUUAAGGAUAGCUGAAAAAGAAACCAAGGCCUUACUGGAGACAAAGGAACUGAUCCGGAGGACAAAUGCGGAAAUUGUGAAAGUUAAAAAGGAUAUCGUCAUGUACGAGGAAAUGCUGAAACACGAUCAAAAGUGCCAGGAUUUCCUCUGGAAGAUCACGCCCUUUGAGUGGCAAGAGAAGCAGAAAGCCAAGGAGCAGGAGAUUGAGGAGGCUGUUGCAGAAGAGAAGGAACCAGCUACAGAAGGUCAAACCCAUGGGGUUGGUCCAGCGCUUCCCCAAGAGCAGCAGGGUUUUGGUGCCGAGCUCUUCUUCAAGAACUGUGCCGAACAGGAGAAGAUGCCUCAAGAGAAUGAGGGGAACCAGGAGAAACCUGAGAUGUACUUCAAGGAUUGUGGGCAGCUGCUGAACAUCAUGGCAGACAUGGAUGACAAGACCAAUGAUCUGUUUAAGGCAUUAGAGGAGAUUGAGAAGACUGUGAUGAGCUACAGAGAAAGAAUGAUCAAAGAGAAAGAGCACAUGAAGCAGGAGAACGCUCAGAUUAUUGAGGAGAUUCAGAAGAUAAAGAUGAGCAUUUGUGAAAAUGAACAGAGUACAAUAAACUUAAAACAGGAAGUCCAACUUUUUAAUCUAAGAGAAGACCAAACUAAAAAAACGGAUGAAUCCCUGGAUCACUUGCACAAUAAGCUAAUCAAGGUGUACACUGCCUGCAUGGAUGUUUCAGAGCAAGCUUUUUUCCUCAGCUCACGUCAGCUGCUUGCGGCCAUCGAGUUGUACUUGCACAACCUGCUGGAAAAGUUUGAAGGACUUACAGAAGAGGAAUUAAAAACCGUAAUGAAGGAGUACUUCAGAGAAAGGAUGGUCAGGGAUAGAAAGGAAAAAGAAAGGCUGAAGAUGAUAGCCGAGGAGGAAAGGCGGCAACAACGUGCUGCAGCGAAGCAAGAGCGAGCUCUGUUAGAGUGUAAGAAACCUAAGGGAAAGAGGCUCAUGUGGCGGUCCUACAUAGAGAAGAAAGGCUCCAAAGGAGAAGAAAGUAAAUCCAGACUUGUCAAGAAGGAGGAUGAACUUGAAAGCUACUUCUUCAGAGAGUAACACUAUACUAAGCUGAUCCGGCCCGCUUUCUGGAUGACGUUGAGUCGAGCAACACGGUUCAGCUGCUAGAUCGUCCUCAGACACAGCUACAGUCAGACUGUCUUCAUGCUCUUCACUCAGCACCAAGAGGAAGGUUCAGACCCUGAGUUACCAGGAGGGCGUGAGCUCAGGGUGUCCAUCAGCUGGAGGUCGGCCUGAGCUUUUACAGCUCGGAGACUUAUGAGGUCGGAUCAGCGUGGGCUCAGAACUAAGUCCGCCAGUCAGGCUCGUCACAGGCAGAGCUUCACACUGGACAAGCCUUCAGUAAGGGAAGGGAAAGACCUGGGCAGUGAUGUUGCUAAAGUCUGGAAUCCAAGGCAAAAUGUGCAGAAAACCAUAUUUAAAAAUCCUCACCCUAGUUAUAGCGAUAUCAGUUUGUUCUGACGUAAUUCCCUUACUGACUU